GGAAGAACGAAGUGGCCGACGUUCAAUGGCGACAUAUAACGUAUGACAUGUCCUGUAUAUUGAUUUUUUUUAUUUUUGAUUGAUACAUUGAUUAAAUGAUUGAGCUCUUGGGAAGGCACCACAUGAACACGAUGUUGUUGUCUGCUACAAGAAUAAUUUGCGCUCACUUUAAUUGCAUUUUACCAAUUAUGCUAAAUUAAUGAAAACAUUUUUCACCGUUUACACAGGUUAACGCCAUUUUAAAACUAGAGAAUGUGAUACUGGAAGCUAAACUGAAAUGCUGUACAUGGACUUGAAGGGGGGACACACUUUUAAUCUUGUUUAAAGUCUUGAAAUAUAGCUCACCUAGUGCAUUAGUAAAAUUAUGUGUACUCUAUUUUUUUGUUGUUGUUGAUAUCCCUCCAAACCUCAAGUAAGGAAAAACAACUUAUCAGACACAAAAAGCAAAACUGAUGAGUUGUCAAUCAUUUGCAAUGGACCCUCGGGUACACUCUGAUUGCGCUGAUCUGUUGGCAUGGGCUUUGCUCAAACUUUUUUGGAGUAUCUCCCUCCGGAAGAUUCACCAAAUGGCUAUCCCUCAUUUCCUAACCAUUGGGCAUAAGCCGAGCAAAAUGAUAGUGAGCAGAAGUGAUGAGACGUUUCUGCUGGACAUGUACAUUUAUCACCUUUUGGAUUUUUAAAUUGAUAAAUACAUUGUAUAUUCUCCAAAGUAAAACUGCAAACUGAUAACAUUUAAUCUGAUCCAUUAUGAACAAGUCAUGGUAGCAACGUAAAGCCAUUCCUAAAGACAGCAUCAUGUUUACAGUGACGAUCCUAGGUUAGAAUUGCUAACACUCCUAUUUUGUGAAAGAUUAAUCACAACUAUGCACUAUCAUAAUCGUAUACAUUUGCAAUUUAUUUAUUUACAUGUCACGUUUUGACUGGAGAAAACAUCAAGUGUAUUCAACAGCAGCGGACUACACGUAAACACUUGUCACACAUUUCAGCCAUUUUCAAAACCACAAUGAAUUGUACCGUAAACGGUUCUCAACUGUCGUCACACUGGAGCCGCAUUUUCCUACUGUUGCCAGUCAUGUGGUCGAAUAAGAGGAAUGACGGCUUCAUCACCUACGAUGCAGCGUUUGAUAUCCGACUUCUGGCAUCUGAGGCGGCGGAGUCCAAGUACUCACGACCUGAGGUGAGACUGUGCGCCCCGGUGAAGAAGAGGAACGUGGGCGUGUACAUUAAGCAGAAUAAACGUGAUGAUGCCACUAUGGGGGUCCAGGGACCGAGGCCAUGGAGAGGGUGUCUCUCUCACGCCUCCACCAGGCGAGUCCAGGGAAAGCUGGAAGCUGAACUCAAAGAGGCAAAAGAACUAAUUCAACCUUUAUUGGACACAGAAAAGGAAUUGGAGAAUUUUCUGAGCAGGCACGAUGAAGCCAAGGCAAUGAAGAGGGAGGUGAUGCGCAAGGUUUUGCAUGAAGACUUUUGGGCGCCGCUCCAAAAGAAGCUCGACUACCACAUGGCCACUUGCAACCCGGCCGAGGUCAAGCGGCGGCAAAACUUGUACCAACAAUUCCUCCGGCACGGAAACGCCAAGGGCCACGUGUUUUUAGACACUUGUGACCUCAAUGAAUACAAUCCGUAUCUCCUCUACGGCAAAAAGCCACACAAAUGCAAGCUGAGGGUGGCUGAGCUGAAGGAGAUGGAAUUACUAUACGAAUUGUCCAAGAUGAAGAAGACUCGUUGUGAAGCAGGAUGCCUAUAUAAACGGAACGGUCAUAGUAAGGUCCAACAUGGUGACUAUGUGAGUCCUGUCGUCAGCUCAUUCAAUGUCCAAUCAGUGGACAAGGACCACACGAAUUACAUGAGUUCCAGGUACGACUAUCCAUCUAUUUUCUUCGCCGCUUAUCCUCACGAGGGUCGCGGGGAGUGCUGGAGCCUAUCCCAGCUGUCAACGGGCAGGAGGCGGGGUACACCCCGAACUGGUUGCCAGCCAAUCGGAGCAUAGAGACAGUCGCACUCACAAUCACACCUAUGGCCAAUUUAGACUCCCCCAAUUAAUGUUGGAUGUUUUUUGGGAUGUGGGAGGAAACCGGAGUGCAAACUUCACACAGGCGGGGCCGGGAUUGAACCCGGGUCCUCAGAACUGUGAGGCCAACGCUUUACCAGCUGAUCACCGUGCCGCCUAGCCCAGAGUACUGUUCUAAAAAUAGCUCCCCGGUGAUGGGAAAUGGUGAUUUCCAAGGAAUGUCGUACAAAACCGUGAGAUGAUUUGUCGUACGAUGAAAAUAAACUUGACACCCGUGACAGCUACUGUAUGUUUGAAAAAAAAAAAAAAAAAAAUAUUCGGUGACCAUAACAAUAACGUGUAAUGUGUUGUACAGCUUGGACGUACCGUACCAUGUACGCGAGACCUCCGCACGGGAUGGCACAUGCCAUCACCCCGGCUGCUGGUUCUCCAGAUGAGUUCUUCACUUCACUUCGCAUCAUUGAAGCCCAUUUUAUCAACCCAAUCGCCACCUGUCAGUAUGACUCACGCACUGAUACAAGAACACUGGUGGUUCAUAAUGAAGCCCCAACAAAGACGACUGUUUGUAUGUACAAUGUACAGGACUGCACAGCGUGUACAAUUUAUUAAUUUAAUGUUGACUUUCACACAACAUUAACGGUAUGUUAUGCUGU